CACACGUGAUCGUACUGCGCAACUCCGCUAAAGCAGGCAAAGAGUCGACCCGCGCUCCUUGCUCGCUAUGGUGGUGCGAUCCAAAAUCCGAUUGACGAUGGGCCUGCAAGGAGCAGUCGAUGAGGUGGCGGCGGCGCUGGCCGCCACCCCCGCGGUGGACGCUGUAGCAUCGUUCACGUCGGUCGUUCACGAGCUGCCACACAACGCGCCAAGCGACGCGCCAAUGACCGCCAUGCGAGCGCUUCUGGCUGAGAUCGCCGAUGAUCUAGUGGGAGCGACAGACGCGAUUGCUAAGGCGUCCCUUCCUCCACCGCUUGUGGCUGCAAUCUUGCGCCACACAACAGAGCUGCAAGCCAGGACGCCUGGUGCGGCCAUCGCGCACCUGCACCGACUGGACUGGCGAGUCGAUAUUACCGUUGCAACGAGCUCGAUUGCGCCCAUUUGGCAGCCGACCGUCGUGCUCCGCUUCCGAUUGACGGAUGGCACGAUCCGCGUCACAGAGCUGCCGCUGCAGCAAUUCCACGAGCUGCGCUACAACACCGCCAAGAUCCUUCAAGAGAUGAACCAGCUCGAGCGCCACCCGAUCAUGCGACUGACGCAAAACGGCCAAACGAGCGUGUGAUCUGCAGCUCUGGCGCGUCGGACAGGCCGAUGCUGCCCACGAUAACACGAUGAAGUGAUACCUGUGUUGCAGUGAGUGGUGGCCGAGCAAAAUGUGUGGAUAGCUACCCUGACGCCUCCUACUUCGACCCAAAGGCCUCUAAGACGAUCGAACUUAUUGCGCCUAACGUUAG